ACUGUAGGAAAACAACUAAAGGAAUAAAAAGGAACGCAGCAGAGUCUGUUAUCUGCAGUCCUGAAAGGAAGUGAGAAAAAAAGCAACAACCUGGAGGAGGAACAGCAACAGGUCCAAAGGGCCACACAGCACAACUUCGCAAUGAGUCUAAGCAGCACUCUUGAGAAGGGGGCCCACCAUCAAGCCUUGGAUCUUUCUGAGGAGCUACCGCCUCACCUCCACCACCAGUCUAACCACCAGCAGCAUCUUCACCAUUCCAAUUCCAUGGCCUCCACCAUGGCUGUGGGCGGAGGGAGAGAAACCCCCUCGCGUGUGGUCAUACCUCCUCCCUAUUCUGCUGCUGAGAACGGAGCUGGAGGUACUGAGGCUCCGCUGGAGCUACGUGGGUCCCUUGACUGCUGGGCCUGCUCUGUGCUGGUGACCGCCCAGAACCUGGUGAUCGCUGCCAUCAAUGCCUGCCUCGCCGCCGUGGUGUUUGGCACCAUCCUGACCCCAGCCAUAGUAAUGGUAGUGUUCGGCUUCCUGUGUCACUCUACGGUUCGUCCCCACGGAACGACCCCCUACUGCUCGGACCUGCUCACCGACGGAGGCUGCGUGGCCCUGCUGGUGGUGGGCUUCCUCCUGGUCACUCCUCUGCUGGUUCUGGCGUUGGCUGCGUACUGCCGCCUAGCCCGACACCUCCAGCUGGGCUUGUGUUUCAUCCCAUACAGCAGGGCCGUGUACAAGAACCUGCCGCCCAGCCAGCACCGUGGCCUGGGCACCGGCUGCUGCUCCGGCGGCAGAGAUGGAGGCGAGAGCGGAGGGAAGGGAAAGGUUUGGGUGUGAGAGGGGGAGAGGAAUGGUGAGAAAAAGAUGGAGAUGAAGAAGAUAAAACAUAAAAGGGAAGCAGAGAGAGAGAGGAGAAAAAAAUUAUUCAGAAACAUGAAGCGAUAUCAAACUAAAGUAACACAGAGAUUAUAUGAUGAAUGGUAAUGCAGGUCAAUCAGGUGUGCAUGUGUGUGUGGAAGAUACUUCACUGUUUCUAUUGAUCUGGAACUGGAGCUUCUUCACUUUGACUAUUUACAUUUAUUAAAAGCUUAACUUAGUUAAUCUUAGUAACAAAUCCUGUCUGUUACAGUAGAUUAGAUUAAAAGUAAAAGCUUUAAAAAUGUGCGUCUGAUUGAAUCUCAAAUCGCCAUAUUAGCCGGACAUGCAGCCGUCUCAACUUUCCUGAAUAAAUCGCAGGAAGAGGAAAUCUGAAAAUAGAGCUGUGUAAUGACACAGAGCAUAUUUGUUUCCUAUCACAUUUAUAUUGUCAAGGAAAACUUGUUCCUGUGAAGUGAAGUUUAUUGUUUACCACUGUGAACUUUGCUUGCAUCAUUUCCUUUUUUUUAUAUAAAUAAAGUUCUUGGAUUUUUCCCGAGUUGUUUGUCUUUUAA